AUGCACAGCCCUAAAACUUCAAAUAGCAGAGGCCAAAUUUCAAAUUUUGCUCGUCCCAAAAAAGGCGGAUCGCUGGCAAGACAGCCAAGGAUAACUUUAAACGGACAUCGCCUCCGCAUCACUCCAGUGCUGAAAUAUCUAGGAAUUAUCUUCGACACCAAAUUAAACUGGAUCCCCCAUGUGCUGGAGCUGAAAAAGAAAACUGCAAGAUUAGCCCAACAACUAAGAUAUAUGCAGGGCUAUAAAUGGGGUCUCAAUCCCUAUAUCCAGAAAACGCUUUACACAACAGUAGCCGAGAAAGUUAUAACUUAUGGAGCGGCUGUUUGGUCAGCGCCUAUGCAGGGCCGCAAAGUCAAGCAUCUACUUAGCAUACAAAGGCCUUUUCUCCUGAAUGUCACCAAGGCCUUCCGAACAUCCCCUACAAAUGCGUUAUGCGUACUAGCGGGAUUGCUACCGCUCCAUCUGAGCGUAGAAAAGGAAGCAGCCUAUCAGGAGAUCACUCAACUUGGCAAUCUAACCACCUUCAGAGACGAGCUAUACUCACCAGCCGAAUUUGAACAAAAGAUGAUACGCCUUGCCGAUCACCCCUCAACGCAGGGACAGGGAGUAAAGAUUAGCAUCAAGCAAAACACCAAUGUAAAGGAAGAUGAUCUAGUCUAUUAUACCGACGGGUCAAAACUAGAUGAAAAUACAGGUUGCGCCUAUGUUGCCCUCAGACAGCAAAGCACAAUAGCACAAUGGAAAGGUCACCUGGACACAAACAACAGCGUGUUCCAGAGUGAAGUAAUGGCCAUCAAACAAGCUCUACUUACGAUAAUCCAACAGCGGCAAAGAGACAGCUUCAUUAUAACAGACAGCCUCUCCUCGCUGUAUGCAAUUGUGAACCCUGUGCACAGCUCCCCACUGAUUGCAGAGAUUCAGACACAUCUGCGCGACCACAGCCAUCUGAACACCAGGAUAGAAUGGACCAAGGCCCACGGGGGGGAACGAGAAAAAUCAAAUUGA